GCUUCCGCAAUCCGCAUGCAAACACUGUAGCCUAAUGUCAAGUGGAAGCAAUGUAGCAACAACGAUCGUUUUGCACAGCAGGUGCCUGCCCGAAGAAAAUAUAUAAUAUUGGGAUAGUAGUGAUCAUAGUAUUCUGAAGCUUUUCUCCUGUAUAGCAUUAACAAACUCAAGCUAUAUUUAAUAACAAAAACAAGGUAGGCUACUGGUAUGUUUCACUGUGAGGUCUUUGCCUCUGGCUACAUUGUUGACCUUCAGGAUGGACCUAAAAGAAAAGACAGCUGCCAUAUUGAAGCAAUAUGAAGUCGGGAGCAGAUUCUCGUACUUGCCGGUCUUGCCCAAAGCCUCGGUGUUGAUACCGCUGUUUGUGAGGGACGGAGAGGUCCACAUGUUGAUGACUCUACGCUCCCAAGAGCUGAGGACCAACGCAGGCGAGGUGUGUUUCCCAGGUGGGAAGAGGGACCCGAGGGACAGGGAUGACGUAGACACGGCUCUGAGAGAGGCAGAGGAGGAGAUAGGCCUUCCUCCUGACCAGGUGGAUGUGGUCUGCACACUCUUCCCCAUUAUGAACAAGAGUGGUCUGUUGGUGACUCCAGUGGUGGGGUUCAUUGAGGCCUCAUUCUCUCCUCGCCCAAACCCAGCCGAGGUCAGCGCUGUGUUCACUGUCCCUCUGGAGUUCUUCACUAGAGAGAUAGACCACUCAUCCUACAGCGCGACUGGAAUUGCUGGCUUGCUCCACAGUUUCCAGUUUCCGGACCCUGAAUCAGGCAGCCACUAUCAGAUAUGGGGCCUGACUGCCAUUUUGGCUAUACUGGUCUCUGUCCUAGCCCUCAGAAAAAAGCCUGAGUUUGAGACCGGUUUUGAUUCUGAUGACCCGGUAUCUUUCUUCCAACACAAUCUGAACAAGAGGAUCAGUAAACUAUGACAUAUAUCAAUGUUUAAAUUUUAAUUUUUUGAACCAGAUAAUUAUAUAAUGCAAUGUAAUGAUGGAGAGAACAUAUUUUUCCCUAAAAUGUUGUAAAUGUGGAAUCAUGUGCAAUACCUACAUUCUUUACAAAAAUGUAUUUUUAUUUUUACUUUGAAUGUAAUUUGUGAAUAUGGUAUAUUGAUGACAAUAAAAAAGUAUGCUAUUACAGUUAAA